CUCGCUCGGUAGUUGCACUCUGCAGACGCGUUCGUCUAGUACGUUUAAUCGUUUGCUUAUUAAUGAAUUUUUAUUUCGUUUAUUGUUUUUGUUAUUUGCUACGUAUAUGUAGUUAAUGGGAGUUUUCAAUGUAUGAAUAAUAAAUUCGUAUGGAUAUGUUUAAUUUAAUGCGAAAUAUAAGUACUGUGUCAAGCAACGAAAGUUAAAAAAAAAUCGCGAAAUAAAUUCCAGAUUUUCAUUGUAGAGGAUAGUAGCGCCUUGCCUUCUUGUUAGGGACACUCAUACUACUUUGAACAUAACUGUAUACCACCCAAUUUUAAUAUGACAGCGACACCUCAGGAACCUAAAUGGAGUUUGGAGCGACGUGAGUCGUCGGGUCACUUGGUUUGGCGGAAGGAGUCUCCCAGUUCUAAAGUACGUUUUCGUUUUGAUGUUGAAGUAUUGGAAUUUGAGAAACAUCCCCAUGAAGAUAUUGAAUACAAAAAAGGCGGAUAUUCUGCUAGCAAUAUUACUUCAACUAUAGCACUCUGUGCUACAUGUGUUGCGGCGGUGGCUAUUAGCGUUUUUUUACCAUGGUAUCUUAUGGAUAAGGCGCUAUCAAGGGGUUCAUAGUUUUAUACUUUUAUGACCGAGGGAACGAAAAUGUAUACACGUUGGCCAUUUUAUGCGAAGUUAUACUUAUCGAAUCCAUUUACGUGAAGAGAAACCCGCUCUGUGUUAUCGUGCGAUAGAAAAUAGGUUGAUACACAUCAUCGGAACAGCAUAAAUAACAAUUUCAAUUAAAAAUUUCGAACAUGUAAUAAAACUUACCAGAUAGAAUAAAUUUAAUGACUCGCAAAUUUAUAUAUAUGAAUUUACGCUUAAAUAUUUAUAUGUCAAACAUUAUAAUUAGUAUUGUACAAAGAUAAGUGCCUUAAAAUUAAUUAAGAAAUAUUUAAAAAACAUUAUUAGAAUUUAUAUUCAUUUUAAAACUAGUGAGAUUAAUCUGUGAUCUUAAAAGCAUCGCCCAAUAUCAAUAUUCACCGAUGCUGUAGACUUAUUAAAUAUUGGUAUUUUAAGUGCUAUAUGAUUUUCAAUAAAUAAAAUCUUUUAUUUACUGUACACAACUUAAUAA